UUUGUUAUUUUAAUUAGGGAAUAGUGUGUAAACGAGCUUUAGGAAUCUCCAUAUGACUUUCUUAUAAUCAUACACAUAUGAGUGUUAAGUGAUACAACGAUUAAAUAUAUUGUUUAAUUUAACAUUUAACGAACACCCAUUUAAAGCCAGCUAAGCUGUUGCUACAUUAUUAAUACAUAUUAAAUUAAAUGUAGUGAUAUAGCAUUGUAUAUUAGUCGCAACUACAAAUGAAUUUUAAGACAUAAAUUUUUUCAGCAAUCAUUUCUCAAAUCCAACAGACACGGCAGGAACUACAGAGACCCGCGAGGACCGAUAACCAGUAAGAAACACGCGCCUGUCGCGGUUGCUGGACCCCUGGCCGGAUCAGGUACCGAGCAGAUGGCAUAAGGGUUUCAUGCUGGUCAGUGCAUGUUCAGUAUCCGCUUGAAAACAUGGCUAUACAGCGACGAUUUCAUGGAAAGUCUACAGACGCUAACGGUAUUUACAAGAAGAUUAGACAAAAUGCACCCAAACAUGCUCCCUUCUGGACUGGAACAAGGAUCUUCCUGCUUGUGUUGAUGGCUCUUGCUGCUUGUUCUGCCGGCUGGCUGUUCCUUCUCUGGGGGGAUGACAUCACAGAGACUCUAGUCUGGCAAAGUGAGAUAGUUCAGCCGCCAAGAGUGUUUAAGGUGCCCUGCUCUGAGGAUUACAACAAAUACAAGCGAUACCCAGGUUGUACUCCUCAGACUUGUGGGCGAGCUGUAACGGACCAUAUGGUCACUCAAGAAGAGGCGCAUGUGCUCAGGAGAUUGGCCGAGAGGGGACUGUCAGUGGGCGGUUCGGAUGGAGGUGCAUCCAUCCUGGACCUGCAUUCCGGGGCCUUGUCAAUGGGGAAGCAGUUUGUCAAUAUCUACAGGUAUUUCGGGGACCAGAUCAAAGAAAUAUUUUCUGAGGAGGAUUUUCACCUCUAUCGGGAUGUACGUGGAAGGAUUCAGCAAGUGAUAGCAGAGACGUUUGGUCUGGACGCCUCACUGCUGUACCUAACGAAGCCCACCUUCUUCUCCCGGAUCAACAGCAGCACCGCCAAAACCACGCAUGAUGAAUAUUGGCACCCUCACAUUGACAAGGAGACGUACGGUUCCUUUGACUACACGUCAUUACUGUACCUGUCAGACUACCACACGGACUUUGGCGGAGGGCGUUUCAUCUUCGUGGAUGCGGAUGGAAACCGGACCGUGGAGCCUCGAGUUGGUCGCGUGUCCUUCUUCUCUUCUGGAUCAGAAAACCUCCACAGAGUGGAAAAAGUUGAAUGGGGGACGCGCUUUGCAAUCACCGUGUCUUUCACAUGUAACCCUGCCCAUGCAAUUGAUGACCCAACCUUGCCAUAGGCAUUCUCUUGGUCGUUCCACCCUCUGUUGGCCUGGAGGACUCCUGGAAGACAGAUAAAGACUAGUGUGGAGAGGAGAGAAAGAACCCAGGGCAAUAGCAACAUAUUUAUUUUUGGAACAAAUGUAAAAUUCUCUUUUGGUUUAUAUACCUACAUUUUCCAAAAAAAUAACAGUAAUGCCUAAGAGUGUUAGAUCUUCUGUAGUUUGCCAUUAUUUUCCCCUUGAGAAACAUUUAGUUUUUGUUUAAUUACAGCUUAUGUUUUUUUUGUAAUUUUUGUGCUGGUUCAGAUCAUUUUUACUUUUUUAAAAAAAAAUAAUAAAAUAACUAUUUCCCUUA